AUGUCAUCUGGACCGCACACACCCACUGAAGAUCUUAUGAGCGAUCCAAUCAAUACAACGCUCGAUCGUCUCACUGCAACAGAGGAUAUUGUGACAGAUCAUCACGACGAUCGUUAUAAUUCUGAAGACCGUCGACGUAGCAGAACUGACGAUGAAGACUUUAAAUAUCGGCGCAGAAAAAGCACUAGUCGAUCAUUAUCACCGCGUAGACGUUCUAGAUCUCCACGCCGUUCUCGGUCACCACGACGAGACCGUACAUCACCUAGACGUUCCCGCUCUCCACGAACACCACAAAGAGAUUCAUAUUCAUAUUCUGAACCUUAUCGUUCUUCAAUCCGUCGUACAUCGUCAUAUUAUGAAACUGAGAGGCAGGAGAGACGGGAUAGAGAAUCGGAAAGGGAUAGAAAUAAUAGUGGUACACGGGAGGCACAUCGUGAAAGGGAACGAGAAAGGAGGGAUGCACGUAGUCGGUCAAGGGAAAGAGAACCAAGGGAACGGAAUGUUAACUUACGUAAUAAUUUCAGACAAGAUAGGAAUUAUAAUCAAAGAAUAUCAGCUCGGGAAGUGGCAGGUAUGUCAAAGAAUAGUCCGAUGCCAUCAUCCAAUGGUCUACAAGCAAUAAAUGCCUCACAAAGAUCACAAAAAGAAUGCCGCGUUUAUGUUGGAAAUUUGGCUUAUGAAGUAAAAUGGGCUCAAUUAAAAGAUUUCAUGCGUCAAGCUGGUGAAGUUGUUUUUGCUGAUGUCUUGGUGCAACCUAAUGGCAUGUCUAAAGGAUGCGGUGUUGUUGAAUAUCGUACUCCAGAAGAUGCACGGAGAGCAAUAGAAACUCUUAAUGAUACUCAAUUACUCGGAAGACCUGUGUUUAUUCGCGAGGAUCGGGAGACUGAAGCAAAAUUUGGUACUGGAUUAAGCAUUAGGCCUGAUAGAUCAUUACCAGUUCACAAUAGUAAUAAUAGUCAUCAUGUUGCAAAUGUUGGUGGUAAUGCUGGUAGGCAAAUUUAUGUAGGCAACCUACCGUAUUCUGUUGGAUGGCAAGAAUUAAAAGAUCUUUUUAGAAAUGCUGGAAAUAUUAUUCGAGCUGAUAUACUCAUUGGUCAAGAUAGACGAUCUAAAGGGUCAGGGACUGUUCUUUUUGAGACACCAGGAGAUGCUGCAAAUGCGAUUUCUAUGUACGAUGGGUUCGAAUUGAAUGGUAGAAGGAUUGAAGUCCGUGAGGAUCGGUUUGCUGGAGGACCACCACCGCCAAGAUUUUCAACACGUCCAACUCGUCCUUAUGCGGGUCCGAGUCAUUAUGGUCAUAAUUCUGCAGGAGGAUUUUAUGGGCCACAAGCAGCUGCACCAGCAAGCUUUGGUUCGACUUACCAAUCUAUGGGACCUGGUCCAGACCAGUAUGAUGGAUACGGUGGCGGUUAUAAUGAUUUCAGCGCUGCAGGCGCAAAUAUGAUGGAUUAUAGCGGCGGUGGAUUUGGUGGAGGUUACAUUCCCCCAUACGGUGGUGCAGCAGUUGGAUAUGACGGGUCGGCGGGUUACUAUCCUACACCAGGAGCAUCGGUUGUAUUUGAGACUGCAGAAGAAAACAAUAUCUUGGUUUCUUCUUAUGUAUUGCUUCCGUUCACAACAACUAAUUUGGAUUUGAGAGAUCUCUUUAAACAUUGUAAUGUUUUAAGGGCCGAGAUUCUGGAGCAAAAUGGAAGACCAAAGGGUGCCGGUGUAGUGCAAUUCGAUUCAAACGAAUCUGCACGAUUUGCUGUUGAAAAAUUUAGUGGAUACACUUACGGGGGUCGUAUUAUUGACGUUAAUUUUGAUCGAUAUGCUUAA